CAGUAAAGCUCUGUCAUUCUGCACCAUGUCUGGGACUGUUCUGCUGAUCGCUCUUAUUUCUUCCAUUACAUAUUCUAGGGCUCAGUUUACUGUGAUACAAGAGAGGUUCAUGUCUGUGUCAGCCGAUGGGACAAUCCACUUUACCUGUACAAGGAGUGAUGGUUCUGUAACUGGGGAUAACUACCCAUCUUGGUAUUACCAAACAUCUGGAAGUGUUCCUAAGCUUAUAGUUGGAAGUUAUGGUACUGGCAACCAAAACUAUAAUCCAAUAUCAAACCGAUUUACUGGUUCUUUAUCUGGGGGUAAAGCCGUUCUGACUAUUACCAAAGUACAGCCUGAUGAUGAUGGGAAUUACUAUUGUUCUCUCUAUGGUGGUAGUGGAAGAUAUAUUUUUGGACCUGGAACCACAGUAGCAGUUACCUCCGGUGAAGUUAAGGCUCCUUCUGUUUCCAUUAUGAAGGCUUCAGAUGAAGAGUUAAAAACAGAUAAGGUCACCAUUGUCUGCACUGCGAGCGAUUACACUCCAAGAAUUUUGUCAUUGGAAUGGCUGGUGGAUGGGACAAAGUGGACAACUGGCAUAGAUUCCUCCCCAGCCAGCAAACAGGUGAAUAACCUAUACACAGAGAUGAGUCUCUUUACUUUGACCACCUCAGAAUUCGAGAAACAUCAGCAAUAUGCCUGUAAAGUGACACAUCAGGGGAAAGAGUUCAUCCAAACGUUAAAGAGAUCAGAAUGUUUCUAAUAUUUACUGUAUCUAUUUCUGUGUCCCAAGGAUUAUUGUUUAUACACUUGUUAUAGGGACUAUAAACCUACUUCAUAAAAUGUUAUUCUUGUUCUGUAACACAUCUUUCUACAUGUCACAGGGAUACUUCAAUAUUUCUAGUAGCAAUUAUACUCUUAAUCCUAUGUUAUUCCUAUUUGAAAAGACUUUAAAAAAAUGUUAUUGUUACUUUUUCUGUAUGAACCUUUAAAUAAAACUUUG